GUUAAGGCUGGAGGAACACAGGGCUCAGGCACAAGUAAAGUCAUAAAAGUAAGUCAACACAUCUCAGGAAGAGUUCAUGAACUCGAAUUCUUAUUAAUAAGCUAUUUUAGCGUAGACCUUUCGAAAUUGCAUGGCUUAAUUUUCUUUUACCCUGUAGCCUUUUCUAGGCUCUCAGUUAGUAGGGUCUGCGCUAAAACGCGGGCUCAGUGUCUCCCUAGUACCCACACGUUUGUUGUAUUUACGUUUCCUUUUGCUCAGUUAAACUACUUUUAUAAGGUCUAGAACAGGCUAUUAAUUAAAGUUUUUUGUAUUAAUACAUAUACAGAUUGCCACACUAAAUGAUUCCGCUGAAAAGCAAGUGGCAGUAAGACAGCUGAUGAACAAAUUUCAGCUUAGUAAGUGCCUUUCUUUAAUUUAAGGUGACUCGACCCAGUUUUUUUUGGGGGGGUACCAUCCUACUUUGAAGCUCUCUGGUAUCCCCACCUUUACUUUUAUCGUAAGUAUAACACAUAGAAUGGAUAACAUAUAGAUCAAUCUACAAUAUAACAUAAAAUUUUUGGCGCUCGGAGUAAAUGUCACGUGGUUAUAAUGCCACGCCCUUUUAAGGUCUGAGUCGAAAAUCUGCUGUUGCCAGCAUUUUUUCCUGAAAAUCUCUCGGCCACACAUAGUGCGCAUUAGUGCCUUGCGCUGAACAGAGUUUCACCAAAAUCGCAAAGACCCAAUUCGAGAAAUUCAGCGGUUUCCAAAAUUAGGUCAUAAUUUAUGCGAAAAUGAUAAGCAAACUUUACACGGAUUAUAUCUAAUAAACUAUGAGAUUCAUCUCUGUAUUAUGGGCAUCGUUAUAACAGAUGGGUCCUUGCAAGUCAGCAAAACGCUUUAGGGCCUUGUAAAUGCGCGCGAUUUCGAGCAAAGCAAACAUAUAGAAAUUAUAGUUUUCGCUAUUUGUUGACGUUUGUCAGCGUUUAAGAGUCAAUCUCACGAAAAAAGCAUUUUCUUAAAAAUUCGUAGUUUUUUUUCCUUCAAAUUUUUUCAGGGCCACAAUUGAUUAACUAACAACCCGGACUCUGAAUUUCAUGGUCAUUGAAAAACUUUGACAUUAUCUUCUAUAAGCCCAAACUUGAGUAAACAUUGAAGAUUUUUAGCGUUUUGGCUGAGUUUGUGCUUUGGGAGUUGUCUAUUGUUUCUAGUCUGUCAUUAUACAGCAUUCUUGUUCAGCACGCGUGCAAUGACCACGCUUGGAUGACUUCCGAAUGCUCACCGAGAUAUGAUAAUUUAGUAUAAGAAAAUAGAAGGGAUUCCCGUCACGAGUUGGUUUAAUUAUUGGCUUGCAUUAAACCUAUGAAAAAAUGAUAUUUUUUUAAUAUUAAGUAGAUUUAGUGUGUAGCACUUCUUGAUUUUUUUGCGAAGGCAUAAGAAGCACGAGAAUUGAUUAAAAAUUGUGAGUGAAACCUCUAUGUAUCACGCGAUGGCCUGUGUCACUGUACCAAAAUUAUCAUAUUCGGAAGUCAGCCAAGCGCGGUCAUUGCACGCGUGAGAUUUUCACCAAAAAAUGCCGGCAACAGCAGAUUUUCGACUCAGACCUCAAAGGGGCGUGGCAUUAUAACCACGUGACAUUUACUCCGAUCGCCAAAAAUUUUAUGUUAUAUUGUAGAUUGAUCUAUAUGUUACCCAUUCUAUGUGUUAGACUUACGAUAAAAGUAAAGGUGGGGAUACCAGAGAGCUUCAAAGUAGGAUGGUACCCCCCAAAAAAAACUGGGUCGAGUCACCUUAAGAAGUCAUUAUAACUGUUCGAGAAUGCAUUUUGUUCGCACCUUUAAUCGUUUUAAUGGCGAAACCAGUUUGCUUCUUUUUUAAAAAAGUACAAAUUGGCGUACCCAUAAAGACGAUUGCGUUAUACACCGUGAAAUUUCCAAAACUUUUUACCAGUGCAUAGGCCAUGUGGCAGAACCUUUGCAAAUCAAAGCCCUGUGUAUUUCGAGUUGAAACAAGAAACCAAGCCAGUGACGCCAGUACCUUUACACAUGCAUACAGACAUAUCUGACUGGCAAUUCCCCUAGGAGUGUCAGCCAUAUACAGUCACGGACCCGUGAACAAACCUUACAGCAGGGAUCUGACUGCCAUUUCAUGCUGAUAAGCCCUAAUGAGUGUGAGACAGCUGUCCAUGGCUUUCACUCUCCCGGUAAUAUGGCUGUGUGCAUGCGUAAGGUACUGACCAGGCCGUGGGUUGAUGUAUUUGUGCCCCUUGCUUUAAGUUUGUCUUACCCCUAGCUUAUUGAGCGACCCGUUAUCUACAUUCCGAAUUCCGAUUCAGUCAGUUUUAAAUAGUGCUGACUCAGAAAAGGAGUCCAACUUUUGGUCGAGUUACUUAUGCUUCAAACAGGUUGCGUGAAAAUUACCAUUGGAAAACGGGUGUGUGUAAAUGGUGUUAGGGGGAGCGGUCAUUGCACUAAGAUAAUUCUUACUUGCAAGACUCUUCAUUUUCGGUCAAGAAAGUUGCGCAAAAUAUAUUCUACCAAUCCAUCGCCUUGUAUGCAUUUUUGGGGACAUUGCCACCCCCUCUCCCACUUCUAAUCACAGGAAAAUUAACACGAAACCCUAGCCUUACGCGGAAAGCAUGAAAAAAAAAUAUUUAUUUUAUUUUAUUUUUUGUUUUUGACGAAUCAUGACAAAGAAAAAAGCCAAACAGUUUAUGACGAUACUAGGAGACCACGAGGCAGCGCAUUUCGAAACACAGGUUCUUGCAGUGAUGCAAUUUUUUUACGAAAACAAGGCACAUUUUGUUAAUAAAACAGCAACCUGGCAAUGAUUGGUCCAUGAGUUAUUUCUGCGAUCUUGGACGUCACGUCCGCUGUUCAGAGAAAUUAUCAAUUUAACUGUUGACACGUUUCGGAUUUCAAGGGAUUUAUUGUUGGUGUUUAGAGUAUACAUGUCCUUAAUAAACAUUGGUAAUAUCGUGAUUAGGGGUGGACCAAGUUGGGGGAGGAGAAAAAAUCAUUCAACUUUUGGAAGUACACUGUUAUUACAACACAUCUGUCAACACUCUGAAUCAGCGCUAAUAAAAACUAAACUUUUGUGCAAACUGAACGCGAAAAACAAAAUUAAAAUACAAAAAGUCGACUCUCGACAAAGUACCCUCGACCCACGACACGUCGGCCAAAAGUCAGACUUGUUACAAUAAUAGACGUAAAAACACGGCACUAGGAUCUUUUUUCCCAUUACAAUCUUAUUCUUAGAAAACUUUAAGAAAAAAUGUCCCGAAAAGCGCUCGAAAAUACAAACGAAAUGUGCUCAUACCCCUUGGGCAUGCUAUAAUACUCCUUAAAUCGAAUUUAUUCAAUAUGGCCGCCGUAUCGGUAAAAAGGUCUAUUCCAGUGGGCAUAAAUAUGUUACGCAAUCACCCAUGUUUUUGACAUUGCCCUUUAAGUUGCAUAGUUAUAAACAUAUAUUAAUGGAUAGAUUCCAAUAUAUUUUAUUAGCAUUAAAUUUAUCAGGUAUACCACCCAGGCUCCAGAGGUCCGUUUUCAAAAUACCUAGGAUAAAAUAAACCGUGCUAACGGUUUGAUAAAACUUUGCCGCAAAAAAAUAACCUCUGUAACCCAGGGUAAAGGUCGGUACAUGUACAUACAUCUUUUGAAAUAAUACAAAUAUAUUUAUUUAAAAGAAUAGAAAGUGAACUAACAAUAUUGCCCGAAUAGCGUCCAGUGGGUGCCACAUUUAAUGGGAGUUCUCAUUUAUUGGACAGGUGGAGAAUUUGGAACCCUAAAAGAGCUUGUUGAUGCAUUAAAAGAGGAAUCGACAGAUGCCAUUUUAAUAGAUAUGUAUACACCAGUAAGAAGGAAAGACCUUUUCAAUGGCUCAUGGUUUGAAAUCUCCGAAAUAGUAGACAAAGGAAUCUCGCACGGUAUUGCUCUUGGUGGAAUAUCAGAAACGUUAGCCAAAGACUUUCAGGAAAUGAUACGCGAUAGAAAUGUCCAAACAAAAUUUCUUACCGAUGAUGAAGAAAAUCAUCAGCAGGUAAUUGCCAAUACCACAUACCUGAAUUAAAAUGGCCCAGGAUACCGUAUACCCAAACCCCUGGCCGGGCCUGAAAAAUUAUCGAUCGUGCUGCAAGGUAUAGAUUCCCUGGGGAUUUUAGUGGCAUUAGAUUUCGCGUGUAGUUUCACGUGACUUUUGAUGAACCUUGUUGUAAACAAACGAACCUUCAAAGUUCGGACAAUGUUCUCUGCCACACUACUGUACUUGUACGAACUACAACUCGCAAUUUCAAGUUCGCGUGAAUCAACAAAUGUUAUUUCCCUUUCGCUGUUUGAAACUCAACAAAAUUGUCUAAGCAGAAGAAUAAGUAGAGCGAUUUUAAGGCUAAGAGCAUGGCAGAAAUGUAGGAACGAGGAGUGCUUGUAGUGGAAAUUCUCGGCUCAGCGGCUAAAAUGGUUUUAUAAACAUUGGAACUAAAACCGGUGAUGUAGGCAAAUUCUUUUUCUUUCGUUGGCACUUAGCGAAAGCUACAACUAGUUAGGAACUGGUCUUCAUUAUGUGCGGUAAGUACUAGUAAUUUUGCAGUAUGUAUUACUUUUCAAUCAGUCAGGCAAUUUUCUGGGCAAGCUUCCACGAAACCAACGCAGCGCCACUGAGUACGGGUUUUGCCAAAGAUUAGCCUAAUUUAGCGUUCAGUGUUGAAUAAAACGCUUAAUAGUACUUAAUAACAACCCGGGAGUAACGACAGGAUUAUAUUAUAUUAUCCUAAUGUUUUAGGAAGAAGAAGAGGAGGAAACUGGUUUGGUGUUUUUUGAGCCAGGGAGUCCAUAUUUUGUACUCACCCUUGAAAUCUGUGGAGGUCUGCUUGGAGGCUUCCUCCUAUGCGGCUGCAUCUUUGAAGCUUAUCAGAGGAACAGAGGGGGCACUCAACAAACAGGCAAGUAG